GAUUCCUGGGGCUGACUCUCUUGCCCGCACGUCUUUGGCCUGGGCGCGUUACGUACAAGAUCCUCUUCAUGCUAUUUGCGUUCUUUUUGACAAGGAAAGGACAGCAUUACGUCUUUCCCUUGGUGCUACAGUGUAUGUAACGGGUGAGCAAGAGGAUCAAUUGUACGCGCGGCUCUGUUGGGAAAUGAGCUUGUGGGUUACUGCAUGCGGAGUCUGGGUGGAGGACUGCGUUACUCGACCGACAAGCGUGGCGUCGUUGCAGUUUUUGGCGGGAUUUGGUCCAUCAAGGGCUCGCAAACUGCACCAACUGCUAACGUUGCGUCGCCCGAAUAGUCGUGAGGAGUGCGGCCAGCUCAUUAAAGAGUAUUUUGGUGCAUAUGUUUCCCAUAAUGCGAUUUCAUCUUUGCGUUUUGGACCCCCAAGUGAUGCUUCUACUGAAAAUGGAGGAUCUUUUUCCCGGUGGCAUCUUCUUGAUCAGACGUUGAUACCACGAGAGUGGUAUGGCGCUGCGGCAUUUGUUGCAAGUGCGGCGCUUAAAAAUGUUCCUUCCAGACUUGUCGCACUUGUAGAAUUUAUGCGGCUGGAGGCGUCAGAAAAGCGUGAUCGGAUCGACCGUCAUGCCCACCAGCGGAAGAUGAUUACUGCCAUUCGCGAGGCCCGCCGCCCUGAGUGGGAAUCGUUGUUGGGUGAAAGAGAGGUGGAGUUCCUGCAGGAAGAGAUGAUAACAGUGGGUCAGUCUUUCCUGCGACGGCCAUAUCGGCGGCUGUCGGACAGGGAACUUAUGUCAUUUGUGACGGGCAUCGUGUACUGCACACAAUCCAGCGCGUAUUCCGAUACUCGCUCGGUUGACACACGCUCCCUAGUCAUUUGUGAGGGGGAUUACGUGAUGGGGACGGUGCAAGGCGUUCGUGGUGGUGGGACUGUCCCGGGUAUUCGUGUUUCGACAUCAUUUGGGUUGGGCGCCUUUAUCGCUGCAGAAGAUAUUGACGAUGAGACAAUGAGGCAGGAUGUGCUCCUGUAUGAACAAUCCGUGCGUGAGAAUGCUGGCAUGCCGCAACCUCCAUCAAAAUUGACACCUCCAACUUGGUUGCGUCGUGGUGUGCCCAUUCAGGGCAUUGUCUUUGGUUGCAAUUGGGAGCGCUGUGAGUUGCGCCUGCGGUGGUGUCGACCACGUGACACCAUUUCUAAUGGGAAUCGCAGUAAUGCGGAACAAGGCGGCAAGGACGAUGUGGACAGCGAUAACCACUACUUGUCCUAUGCCAAAUGUGUUAACGAUGCGAUGAGCAGUGCGAAUUCUCUCCGUACGGUGCGGAUGAAUAUUGACGCCCGUGUCUUUGCAACGAAGAUAUCGCGCCAUCCGCUGUUUCGCGACACCACCAGCGCCACAGCACAAACAUAUCUUCACGACAAACGGAUUGGGGAGGUGAUUCUUCGUCCGGCGACUGGAAGGCGCAACAAGGCCAUUGCGGUGGUGAAGAUUGGUGAGCGGUCAACGUGCAACUGGCUUAUCAGUGAGGAACGACGUUCCAACGGUUCCAUUUACUACCGCCUGAAGGACAAAUUGACGGGACGCGAGGUGGAGUUUGGUGAUGUAGAUGAGUUUCUGAAUAAUUUCAUCGCUCCGAUGGUUGCUCUUGUGCGGAGCAUCCGCAGCCACCGACGGUUUGUUGAAAGCGCACGCGAUGUACAAGAUGCGCUGGAUGCUCAGCGUCAGAGUGGUCUUGGCUUUACAUAUGUCUUUGCUGAGGUUAGCCAACAAUCCAGACCUCCAUUUUAUCGCGUUUUUACGCGCGGCGGUGUGACGGAGCGGAACUUUUACCUUCACAUUGAUGAAAGCAGCAUUUAUGUGCGUGUUCCCAUACGGCGCAGCGGCGGACGGGGCGGUAUUGACCUCAGAUGGGUGAGGUGCCGCAACGCGGAGCACGUCAGCGAGGUCGUGAAGGGCUUGGCGCGGCCCUCCUAA